AGACCACAUGGUACGGUCCAGAAGCCCUGCACUCUGUUGCUAGGAGGCGGAGAACGCCUCAUCGCUAGAAAUAAAACGGAGAGAAAAGUUCUGCCUCACACUUCUCCUCACCUUGGGCAUGGUUUACGGUUCUACUUUAUUGGUCUCUGUACCGAGGGAUAACUCGGUGGAUAUUUCGGUAUGGGACGGUUUGGCAUAAAAGCACGUUUAAUACAUGUUUUGCUUCUUCAACCGUUAUAGAGCUCGAGCAUAUUAACACACUGACUAAAGUGGCGUAUUUAUAAUUGUUUACAAUGGCCGCCGACUGCUCUCAAGAGGCAAUUUUGGACUUUCUCACAGAGAAAGGGGGCAAAGUGACAAACACGGAUUUAAUUGAGCAGUUUAAGGCCGUAUUCCCGGAGGAACCGGAGAAGAAAGCGGCCGUCCGUAACAGAUUCAAAAGCUACGUUGACAACGUUGCUUUUGUAAAAACCGAGAGUGGAGUUAAAUAUGUCUGCCUGAAGAAAAAGUUUCGCGCUUCGGUUAAAGAGAGGCAUAACUCGAGUGUCCGCAACGGGACAGAAAGGGAACCAGAACCAGCUUAUGGUGAAGAGAAGCUGGUGUGCCGUUAUCCCGGAGCUGCACACCGAGCAGACCGCGGCCAGAUUAGCGGUGAUGACGCAGCGGAGGAUCCGGUUCAGCCUCGUGCCGCAGGCGCUGAGCUGCAACAACAAACACCUGGCUCAGGUUACGGAAAUGACAGCCAGGUGAGAGUUCCGCAUGCUUUCACUCCGGCAACAACUUUACCGGACAAAACAGACGACAAAAGUAAGUGUCAUGAGUUUGUUUGUUUAGUUGAGGAAGCGGGCAGAGGCUCAGGUGAUAUGGGGAACAGAGGAAGCUUUCGGAGAGACAGGAGGGAGUCCAAGAAGGAGCAGGUUGGGAAAGCCCCUAAAAUACCAGAGAUUGCAGUCAUCGAAGCGUCGCCUCUCCCUGCUGAGGGUUCUAUGUUCACCCUGCCUGGGCCUGCACAAACUGGUCCUACAGGGCAGGUAGACAGAUCUACUGCUGGACCCGAUCCCAGAGACAGACCGGUUGAGUCACUAGAAGGCCUGAAGGAAGAGCUCAGUAAUGUGUUGACCAGACGGCGAAACUCAAAAGGCUCCCAGCGCAGAGCCAGGCGGCCACAGUUGGACGACGGGGAGGAUGACGAAGGGCAGUUGGAUGCACAGAGUUUGUCUGGGAGCGAAGAAAACAGCUCCCCGAAAGGCAGCCGUCGACACUUCAUCGAGCUCAUGAUGAACAGUUCGCCGCAGGUGAGGCGUAGCAUGGUGUUGCGCAACUCGGUUUGCCUGUCCAGGAGCGACAGUGACUCACUCUCCUUGGUGUCCUCCAACCUGGAUGACGACAGGGCCUCCGUCACUCUGGACCCGCUGGAACACGAAUGGAUGAUGUGUUCUUCGGACGGGGAGUGGGGCAGCUUGUACCGCCUCCUCGCCACAGAGCCCAGCCUCAUCCUGAGGAAGGAUUUCGUCACCGGUUUCACCUGCCUGCACUGGGCGGCCAAGCAUGGCAAACCCGAGCUGAUAGCACUGAUUAUCAACUUUGCCAAGCAGCAAAAUAUUCCCAUCAGCGUCGAUGUUCGGUCCAACACCGGCUACACGCCGCUGCACAUCGCCGCCAUGCACAACCACAUGGAGGUGGUGAAGCUCCUGGUGGGCGCCUACAACGCCGACGUAGAGAUCAGAGACUACAGCGGGAGGAAAGCCUGCCAGUACCUCACCGACAACGUGAGCGUGGACAUACGGGAUAUCAUAGGAGCGUACGAGCGCUCGGACUCCGAGAACGCAGACCGCAAGGACGGGGGCCGCUGGAGGUUCUCCAAGGUUCUCCAGUCCAACCUGAAGCCCCUCAGGCUCCUCAACCCCAACGACUGUGACUCUUUGGACGGGGAGGCUCGACCCAGAGAGAAACCCCGCAGGAGGAACUCUUCAUUCAGCAAGAUGAAGCCCAAACUGCAGAGGCUGCGCUUGAGGACGUCGCAGAUCGUCCACGGUACGUCGUUGGACCCAGAGGAGAAGGAAGAGUCUGCGAGGGGUUCCUUCAAGUCCAGACCUAAGACAUAUUUCUUUGGGUGAAAUCAUGACAGGAAAUGGUGUCCACAGUGAAAACACAAAGACUGCUGGGGUUCAAUAUUUGUGGGUUUUAUUUUAUGUACCGGGUAAUGCUGUGGAAGCCUUAGCACUCAAUUCUGAUUUAUUUCUCGAAUCAGAUUUCUUUGUUCCGUUGUUCACAUUAUAUAUAAAAUGUGGCUACUAUCAGAUUCCAGCGUGAACAGGUAACAGUCCUGAAGUGAACCAAUAUUGAUCCAGAGUGACGUAAAAGUCCCUGCAGUGUGAACGUAGCCUUCGUGUUGAUAUUCAGUAUCUAAAAAUGGGAUCAGCAAAGAUUUGGUAAAAGUGGUCUGAAACCACAUUAGUCAAAUUGUUUCAUGAGACUCAACAUCUUCCUUUUAAAACAUAAUGAAUAUCUGAUAACAUUAACUCAUAUUCUUAUGGAAUCAGGUAACAUCAGUGGUAUCUAUUAGCUAGGUUAGGGUUGUUGAACACUACCUUCUCUAACAGGGUCCCUAAACGUUUAAAGAUCCUCUCCGGUCUGCUUGGAGUUGGAGUCGAUGCCUUUUCAAGAAUGUUAAUGUGGAAAUUAUACUUCUAUUUUGGAGAAAAAACAUCAGACAAACUUUAUUGCAAGCAGACUUUUUGUCCAUUUAUGUCUGGAGGGGAUCUUUAAGUUAGUUUGAAGCGCAAACAGCAUACAAUCUGAUCUUUCUAUUCAUAAUUUAAAUGAUAAGGCUGCACUUAUUCUAUAUUUUUCUUACACGACCACAAAUGUGUCAGUCCGUCUCUCAAUACCUCCUGACUCCUCUAGCUCAAAGCCCAUUGGUUCCUGUUCAAGAUUUUUCACUACAGACGCAACACAGUAAGGCUGUUUUUGGCUCCGUCCAUGAUCUGCCUCAGAUGCACACUGCAUUACAGUAUUUAUCAGUUUGAAAAGAUUAGAUGCUCAAACAUCUGGUCGAUGGUGGCAUUGUGAUCUGACUGCAGGUCAGCCUGCCUCUCUUUAUCCGUCCACAGCUGACACUGAAGCCUCCUGACCUCUGUAAUCGCUGUGUCACAAGAUUGUAGUGUGAGGCCACACCAGAGGCAGUAAGAAGAUCAUUUUACAUUUCAUACUUUCCAGGACCAGAGCUUUAGUCUGGUGACUCACCAACUUUUGCGGGUGAAAUAAAGUUAGAGACCUCCCCUGGAAAUAUGAAGCCAUCUGGAGAGGGCGAAGUCUAAGAAACUGGGUAAAUCCUUUGGUUAAGGCUCUGAGGUUUAAAGAUGGUUUACUGAACUGGAAUGCAGCAGAAUGUACAAUAUUUUACAAGUUGUUUGGUGAAUGUAUUCAUGACAUAGUGGAUGGAGAACAACAACAUCAAAUAAGCACAAAAGGACAGUUUUAGAGCAUGGAAACAGAAAGUUAUGAAGUGUUACACUAGUGAGUCUGACACAGCAGGGUUUCAAUUAAUCCACAACAUGCUGCCUCUUGUCACAACUCACUGUACAAGCCAUGCAUGUUAAGGUUCUUAACUAGAUGCCAGUGGAGAUGAAUGGCUUACAUUUCUGGGAACACUUCAACAAUGGUAAAUUUCCAUGAUGUCAUAUAUAUCCAGUGAUGGUUUCCAGUGAUCAUCUCGCUUUUUAAAAUACCUUGUGAGUACACCAAGACUCUUAAUAACUCUGUUAUUAUGCAAGUUUAAACCUCACAACAUUUUCAGUGUUUACUAGAAGCAUUUAUACUGCACUGUUCAUACUUUUCAUACUAUUCAUACACUAUUUUCAUUAAGGAUUUAAUAGCUAUUGCACACUUAAAACUGCUAACUAAUAUUGUCUCCAAUAGAAUUCAAUUGCUAAAUUGGCUAUUGGUUGAUAUUAGCGUAUACAUGCCAGUAUUGGUGUUAUGGUUACAACGGUAUGAGAUUUUCAUAGUACGAUAAGAGUCUCAGAAAAUAUCAGUUCCAUGGUAUAACAGUAUGCAGUCUUACACAUUUAUUAUUAUUAUUAUUAUUAUUAUUAUUAUUAUUAUAGUCGUUUACAAUGACAACCCUUAAUAGACCCUAUAAUAAAUGAAAUGGAAACAGAAGCCUUAUAUUAAGUCCUUUUAUUUGUAUUUUAGUUCAGUGUAUGGAAGCUCAUUCCUGCCAAGUAUUUAAAUUGAUAGAUGAAAAAUUAGCAUGGAUUAAUAAUAAAUAAAGUACAAUAUGAAUUAGUAGAAUUUCUCAUUAUUACAAUUUAGCUAAAUCAAAUUAAGAUAUAUUAAGUCAAAGAUGUGACUUAGCAUCAAACAAGCUAUAGUGUCUUAAAAUUAUGACUUACUAAGUCAUACUUGUGAAACACUGUCAUCAUUUUGAGAUACUCAUUUAAAAUCUAAUCAUUCCUAAUUUUUUUACCAUCUUUUUUUUUCAAGGUGGCAUUAGGCUUCCGUACAUGAGCUUUCUGUUCAGGUGCGGACUUCCAUACUAAGUGGUGCUUAAAGAAAACACUUGUCCAACGCAAUCUGCAGGCCGCAUCUCAUUGUGUUUAAGUUGAAACAUGUUACAUAUAGUUUGCUGCACAUUCUCUAUCUCGAAUUUACCGUACAUUUUCCUUGACUCAAUGGCACCUUCCAUCUUUUUUGCACAUUGUAACAAACUUAGAUUUUUUAUUUGCACACUUUUAAAGAGCUCGACCAAUAUUUUCUUAGGUACUUGCACUUGGGUGAUGGAGGCCAUUUUAUUGGUGUAUGUUUUUACUGAUGAAAUAAACUGUAUGUCAUUGCUCUUUUAUAAA